UCUCUCUCUCUCUCUCUCUCGAUCUCGAUCCUUAAUUUCUUUCUCUCUACAUCAAUCUAUACAGAUACACUUUAUGCAUCUCUAGUUGCGAUUUAUCCCAUUAGUUUUCUGCUUCUUUUUUCUUUUUUUCCCUCUUAUUUCUUCCCUUUCUCGAGGAAAUGGAAAUGAUCGCCGUAGAGGAUUCGAACUUUAUUAUGGUUUGUUGCUACGCUAUCGGUGGAGGAAUGGUGGCUGGAAAACGAAUAUCCCGAGGAUUUGUUAAUCCUUUCGUAAUACCUAGGGUGCCGCCGUGUUGUAAGUUUAGUGUCCUCUAAAUUUGAAAUUAGGGUUUGUUACAAUAUCUGUUCAGUCCCUGUUUUACUUUGAUUCGAGGUGCUAGUCGUGGAUUUGAACUUGCUAGUGAGCACGGUGUAGGGUUCUUUAAAGCUAUUGGUUUUGGAACUGUUGCGCGCUGGUUUUAUUGUUCGAAGUCAUCGGGGGUUCGAGAAAUCUUCGGGUUUUUUUUUUUUAUUUGGUAUUAUGCGUGGAUUAAAAUGGUAUAAAGUUUGAGUUUCUUACUGAGUUCCGUCCUGUCUUCCCUUUAGCUGCCCAUGUCCCAUGAACCUGAUGAAUUUCAUGUCCCAUGAACAACUUUGAACUAAUCGACGAUUCUAUUGGUACAUGAGCUGUUUCAGUUAGGAUAUCGGAAUUUAGAUUAUCAUAUACGAUUUCAUCCAAAGAAAAUUCUAUUCACGAUUUUGAAUGGCGGGAAGAAAGGAAUUUGGGUUUCUGCCGAAGAGUGUUGGUAAUUUGAAAGAGCAGUUGGUAAGAACAACUCUUCGGAAUGUGAGAUCACAAGGGCACCCAUAUGUUGACCUUAGGGAAGAUGGGAAGAAGUUGAUAUUUUUCUGUACGUUAUGUCUUGCGCCUUGUUAUGGAGAAUCAAGUUUGUUUGAUCACUUGAAGGGCAACCUGCAUACCGAAAGACGAGCCUCUGCCCAAGUUACACUGAUGAAAUCAAACCCAUGGCCUUUCAACGAUGGUGUGUUUUUCUUUCAUAAUGAUUCAAAAGAACAACAUAAAAGUGUCCAUGUUUCAGAAUCUGAUCAACACAAAUUACUGGAUGUGAGUCACGUGGAUGCGGAAAGCCUUGCUAUUGUUAGUUAUAAGCAAAACUUGGGGCCGAAUGGCAGUACUUAUAUUCCGCGAGAAAUUACGGUGAAUGCCGAUUCUGAUGAAGCUCCCUGUGGUUCAAAUCUGGAUGGAAAUGGAACUACUCAUGAUCUUGUUAUUCCAGCUGUGCUUCAAAAAGACGAAAUAUCUGAUUUGAUGGUGAAGCAUAUGGGAGUAGGACAAAUUGGUGCUAGGUUUUGCAAGAAGGAUGAUGUCACCAAUGACAUUCAUAGAAUAUGGUGUGAAUGGCUCGGGAAUAUAGAAUGUACCCAUGAGGAUACCAAUGUGGUUCCAGAACAUGAGUUUGCUGUCGUUACAUUUUCUUAUAACUACAACUUGGGUCGGAAGGGUGUACUUGAUUGUUUUAGAAAUUUGCUUCCUUCUAGUCCUCAUUCAGAAGUUGAGGAUAGUGGCAGUUCUAGAGGUAAAAAGAGAAAGUCAUUUUCUGAUCCGGAGGAUAUUAGUUCAACAAAUCAAGGGUACUCUUCUGAAGAAGAUUCUCCAUCUUUGAACAAUUCAAAUUUGAAAAUGAUGGUGUCUGGAAAUGAUGAUCAGCUGGUGUUUUCUCAAAUUCUUUCAAGCAAAACCAUGAGGAAGCAGUUGAGACACCAGCAGCGUGUUGCGUCUGAGAGGUCGUGUGACAUUUGCCAACAGAGGAUGCUCCCAGAUAAAGAUGUGGCAGCUCUUUUUAACAGGAGAACUGGAAAGCUAGUCUGCAGUAGUAGAAAUUUGACCGGGGCAUUCCAUCUGUUUCACACAUCCUGUCUCAUUCACUGGAUAUUGCUUUGUGAGGUAGAAAUUUAUUCAAAACAGUCAGCUGAGCCUGAAGUGAAACGGAAAUCCAGGAGAAAGGUUAAAUGCAAAAGUGGCAAAAUUAGGAAAAAGCCUGAAAUGCAGGAGAAGCAAGUACACUAUGUGUUCUGUCCUGAAUGCCAGGGUACUGGUAUUAAAGUUGAUGGGGAGGAGGUGGAGAAACCCAUUGUCCCACUCUCGGAGGUAUUUAAGCAUAAGAUCAAACUAUGUGAUGCUCGUAAAGCAUGGAUGAAAAGUCCGGAAGUGUUGCAAAACUGCUCAAUGGGGUUUAGCUUCUCACAUAGUUCUGGCGAAUUUUGUCAGGAAAAUGUGGCACCCCUGAAAUUGCUACACUUCUAUCGUGCGGUUGAUUAGAUUGAGUUGUAGAUACUUAGAUGGAAGACAUGUUCAUUUUCUGACAAAUCUGAUGUGUAUGGUACUUCUGACAACUAUAAUGGUUGUAAAUGUGCUUAUCCUUGAAAAAACUGUAAUGGUUGGUGUGUAAAAUUCAGUCUAACAGAACACCGGACAAAAGACAGAAACGGAGAAUGAAGUGAUAACUCGUCACUGAAACUCCUCCUCAAAGGCUGAGCCCAAGUUCCGCACAGUAACUUCAGUUUCUACUUUCUAUCAUAAAAUAUUUAAAUAAAGAAUUGGAAUUCUGGAUGUGGUUGAUAUAAUAAUAUGUUAUUGCAUAUUGGGAGUGGUUUCAAUUUCUGGAGUGGUUCCAAUGAAACUGAAUGUGAGGCUUAGUUACAACCUUCCAUUGAUUUAGCUUUAAUAGAUGUAAAUUGGUUACAAAAAAUUAUGCAUCGUAGAAACGCAAAUGUACA